AUGCCUCGAAGGACGCAUAAGAAGUCUAGAAAAGGAUGCCAGCAAUGCAAGGAUCGUAAAGUGAAGUGCGAUGAAACACAACCAAAAUGCACCAAUUGCACCAAGCGUUCAGUGGAAUGUGUAUUUCCACCCCCUGGCGCUACCACUCGAUCCAGGUCUCGAGUUAAUCAGGCGCCACAGAGGCCGCUCCAAGGUUCGAGUGAAGAGGACUCUACAACAACGCAUAUGGGCUCAUUAGAAGACAUCUCACCGACAAUGGGAGUUGCAGAGAUGGUGUUACUGCAUCAAUACUCAGUAUCGACUUGCUUCACUAUCUCACGAAACUUGGUCCUACGCACAGUGUGGCAAGUUCACGUUCCGCAUUUCGGAUUCUCGUCACCAAUUGUUCUUCGGGGAAUUAUGGCUUUAGCUGCGCUUCACCUGGCUCAUUUACAACCAGAACAUCAAGAUUCUUAUUUGGGCCAAGCAGAGCGUCAUCACGACACUGCACUGCAAAUGGCCACGGCAGCCCUACAAAAUAUCGACAAGGAAAACGCGCCGAGCAUAUACUUAUUCUCUCUCCUUGCUUGCAUCUUUUCGUGUGCAAAGCCUCGGAAGCCUGACGAUUUCUGGAAAGUAAUCGAUCAGAUCAUUGAAUGGUUGAACCUUACACGAGGUACGGUUUCCAUUUUACUUCUAGAUGAACACGAGGGAUUCAUCAAAAAUGGGCCACUUUCUCCAUUGUUCAUCUUGGGACACCGAAAGAGUCUUGCGUGGGAAGCAAGGUCAUCCUCGAGUCCCCCGUUUUUGAUCGACCUCAAACAACUCUUCGAAGAUACGGUGCAGGAUCCAGUCGACCUUCAGUGCUAUCGGGAAUCUCUUGAGAAUCUCGGUAAAUCAUUCGCGACAAUACACGAGAUGGGCUCUCGUAACUGUGAAACCGCGGACAUCUUCAUGUGGUUAGUCAGGGCGCCCGAUCACUAUUUGCAUCUCUUCCAUCAGCGGAAACCGGAAGCGCUGGUCAUUUUUGGAUUCUUUUGCGUGAUUAUAAGAGAAUUGGAAUGGGCAUGGUGGAUGCAGGGGACGAGUUCACACCUACUCCAGGGGAUAUACUAUCAUCUGAGCGAGGAGUACCGGUGCUGGCUGCAUUGGCCUAUGCGGCAGCUAGGCCUGGUGUCUUCGUUUCCUUGA